AAAAACUAUAUAUAUACAAAAUACACUGAUCGAGCUAGCUAGGGUAGUACGUACGUAGGGAAUUACUAUACGAUGAGUAGCAGUGGUGCUGAUGAUCCAGGGAUGAUGGAGGUCACGGGUAAAAUCUUGAUUGCGACCAUCGUUGCCUUGUUCGUCGUCAUUGUCCUUGUUUUCUUGUUCCACAUUUACGCCAGGUGGUUAUGGUUACGUCGUCAACAGCAUAUAGAUGACAUCAACCAUCGUCGCCACACCUCUACUACCACUAUGGCAUCAUCAGGUGUCGCCGUCCUUCGUCGUGGCCUUGACGCUUCUUUCCUCAAAACCUUACCCGUUUCACAGUUGGAUUCAAAAGCCUUUAAAGACGGGUGUUUGGAAUGUUCUGUUUGUUUAUGUGAAGUCCAACAAGGAGAGGACAUUCGGAUAUUGCCUAAAUGCCAUCACGCGUUUCAUGCUGAAUGUAUUGACAUGUGGUUUCAUUCACAUUCAACUUGUCCCAUUUGUCGAACCCUUGUUUCUGAUGAUCAUCAGCAGCAGCAAGGACUCUCUGUUCAAAGUUUACAGCUGCAUCACCAUAACCAGUCGACAAUUGACAACACCGAUAAUAGCGACUCAAUAACAUUCCCUGCAAAUGUUUUGUUUUGGGGUGACGAAACGGAAGUAAGCACUACUUUAACUUCUCAGCUAGAAGAUCAACAACGACAUCCUAUGAUUUCAUUACCCUUUGAACCAACCUCAACAUCAACAUCACAAACAAAUGUCCAUGACAGACUGAAGAAGCCAGCAGCUGAUUUAGUAAUUGAUAUACCAAGAACAAGCGUUGGUGAUAACAAUAAUAAUAAUGGUGAAGAAGAAGAUCAAUCAUCUACUCCGAUGAUGAGAUCAUUAAGAAGGAUCUUGAGCAGCAGUAGAAGGUAGUUCCGGAAGAAGAAACUAGUUGUUGGUUGAAGCUUGAAGCAUUAGAAGUAAAGAUUUUGCAAGACUAGAAGGUAUUAGGUCAUUCAUGGAUGAAUGACAAUCUUUUGGAAUAGAGGCUCUUGGUACAUUCAGUUGAUGGUUAUACUUUUGUUAAAUUUUUGUAAAAGGUCAAACGCAAAGCUUUUGGGAAGUUUGUAUAGUUGUAUUUUGGGCGAGAAUAGUGUCAAAAUGGGUAAAUGACCCAAUGAUGGUGUUCAUGAGGUUUUAAACAAGUUGAUGUUGUAAUUAUGUUUAAAAUGUGUUUUAAG